AUGCCGACUGGUAGUACCUGGAUGAUGGAUGAAGCAACUCGUAACAAAUUCCUCAAGAACUACAAGACCCAGGUGGCCUCGGCGACUUCCACGAUCUGCGCGACACUUGCUGUGACUCCUCUCGAAAAUGUGAAAACUCGCAUGCAGACCCACAAUUUCAAAAAUGUGUUUCAGUGUGUUCGCUACUUGUGGCGGACUGAAGGACCCCGUGGCUACGUUGCCGGGGCUCUGCCACCUCUAGCGAGUGUUACAGCUGUUCGGGUUGUAAACUUCUCUACAUAUAAUGCUGCCAAACAUCGUAUCUCAGAUUUCUUCGAGAGAAUGACUGGCCAGUCUCCUCUGGCUAUGUACAAUCAACCGGGCAGCACGCCUACCGUCUCUACCUUUGUGACAUUCACCACUGCUGGACUAAUUGCUGGACUCAUUACUUCUCCGCUUGCAUGCCCUUUCGAGCUUGCUAAGAAUGUCGUUCAGACCUCGGUCUUGGUGUCAAAUCGGGCCCAAGCCUCGCCAGAUGCGGUCAAUGACCCCUCAUUGCGUAACAAGCCCCGUCUCGGCACUAUUGAGGCCAUCCGGCAGAUUGUCAAACGUUACGGAAUCCGUGGCCUGUACACCGGCUUUCAUCUGCACGCUCUACGUGACACUCUCGGGUCUGGCCUAUACUUCAGUGUCUACGAAACGGUAAAGCAAGUCGCAUCAAAAGAGCUUGGCCCAGACAAAUCCCCAUUCGGCGGUCCCAUGAUUGCCGGGGCAAUUUGCAGCACUGUUCCGUGGUUUUGCACCUAUCCGCUUGAUACUCGAAAGACUCGCGCCCAGAGCGUGUUACUCGGCAAAUCCAGCGAAGUCGGGGAGGCAUCGGCUGCGGUUGCCAAGUCCAACGCGAUCACCCAGUAUAUUUCGACCAAGUAUGACCAGCGUCCAGAUAUGUUCGCAGAUGAUCUAUUGAUCAUAGAUCGCCUGCGGAAUGAAGCGAUUCACGUCCAGGAGCCGCAUGUUAGUGGGAUCAGUCGGUUGGUUACAUAUGUUGCGCAGUUGAAAUGGCUUGGUGGAAAGUUCCCGGUCGAUAUUGGAGUCGAGUUUCCAUGGUACCCUGCGUUUGGUUUCAAUACCUCAAGACCGAUCUCGCAGAACAAUAUUCGAUUUGAACUUGCGAAUGUCCUCUUUAAUCUGGUAGCACUAUAUUCACAAUUAGCCUUCUCGGUGAACCGUACAACACCAGAUGGUCUCAAACAGGCAUGCAACUACUUCUGCCAGGCCGCUGGGGUCUUGGCACAUCUCCGAACGGAUAUCCUUCCUGAUCUUCGUACGUCUCCCCCGGAGGAUAUGGAUGAUAUGACACUACAGAGUCUGGAACAGCUCCUUCUCGCGCAGGGGCAAGAGUGCUUCUGGCAGAAGGCCGUCAAGGAUGGGCUGAAAGAUGCUUCCAUUGCUCGGCUGGCGGCCAAGGUCUCCGAUUUCUACGCAGAAGGAGGUGACUAUGCGGUCCAAUCGAAUGCUAUUAGUCCUGAAUGGAUACAUCAUAUGACAGCCAAGCAUCAUCAUUUUGCUGCCGCUGCGCAGUAUCGCCAGUCCUUGGACUGUUUGGAGAAGCGAAAGUAUGGUGAAGAGGUGGCUCGUCUUCGAGACAGCGAGGUUUGUGUCAACGAGGCCCUGAAGGAAUCACGUUGGAUCAAUCGCACUGUGCUAGGGGACUUGCAGGGACUAAAGAACCGUGUGACGGAGGACCUAAAGCGCGCCGAGAAAGACAACGAUGUAAUCUAUCUUAAUCCAGUCCCGCCAAAGUCAGAACUGAAGAUUAUCGAUCGCGCAUGUAUGGUUGCAGCGAAGGCGCCAUCUCAGGUGACCGAUGCUAUCUCCAUGUUGGGAGACAACGGACCUUUAGGGCAGCCGUUAUUUUCUAAGCUGGUGCCAUAUGCCGUCCAUAUCGCUGCCAGUAUUUACUCUGACCGCCGUGAUCGGCUUGUCAACGAGACAAUUAUCGGGGAGCUGGAGACUAUGACGGACAAAUUACGGGAUUUACUAUCGUCUCUGAAUCUCCCGGGCUCCUUGCAGGCUCUGGAAAAGCCUCUUGGAUUACCACCUACGUUGGUCUCCCAUGCGGAAGAAAUGCGCCAGCAAGAUGGUUUGAACCGGUUGCGGAGGUCACUCGAGGAUACCGCUAGGGUGAAGGCCAAUGACAAAGCUGCAUACCAUGAGGGUGUUGAACUACUCGCCGCAGAAAAGGCAGAGGAUGACUCUUCGCGCCGCAAAUACGGGACUGACAGGUGGGCCAGAGAGUCAUCCGAAACAGCGGCAUCGAAGCUGUACACCACUUCUCGAGAGAUAGACGGCUACUUUUCUUCCGCUCAGAGUAGCGAUAAUUUGGUAGAGCAAAAGCUGAGAGACUCGGAGGCGGUCUUCCGAGUUUUGACCGGUACUAAUCGAGAUUUGGAGAUGUACGUCCCUAGCAGCCGGAGGGCGGCAAUUCCGCCAGAGGUCGAACGGGAAUCUAUUCGGCUACGGGGUUGCUUGAGCGAAGUAAGUCGGCUGGAGAACCGACGGAAACGCCGAGCGCAGGCUUUGAAGGACAAAGCCAAAUCGGAUGACAUCAGCAAAUCCCUUCUCAAGGAAGCCGCCCGCUUGGAGCGGGAGUUCCCCAUGCAGGCGAUCCAGGCGAGCCAGUUCGAAGAUUUGUUCGAGGAGCAGCUGCAUCUGUACGAUACAGAUCUGGAGAUGGUGGCCCAGGAGCAGCACGAGCAAGACCAGAUUUCUGCGCAGGUGCGGGAGGCUAACCGUGCAUUUACUCGGGCGCACACGGGUGAUGCUUCGACCAAGGAGCGGGAGAAAGCCUUGCAAGAGCUGGAAAAUGGCUAUCUGAAAUACAAGGAAAUCAUCUCAAACAUCGAGGUGGGACGGAAAUUCUACAAUGAUCUGGCCAAGAUUGUAGGUCGAUUCCGGGAUGACUGCAAAGCAUUUGUGCAUCAGCGGAGGAUGGAGGCAAGCCAAAUAGAAGGGGAGAUCACCAGCGUUGCGGCGAUGGCCUCGCUCAAUCUCUCUCAACCACACUUACGCCAGUAUAGCGCCCAACCCGCCCAACCCGCCCAGCCUGUCCCGCCGGUUCAGCAACCGGCUCAAAUUCCACCGCAACCUCAACCGGUCCAACACCAACCACCAAGGGAUGAGCCACUAACUGCACCCCAACCAACAAGAGCCAACACAAGACCUUCGAUGGCUCCCGGCGUGUGGUCACCCGAUAUGGGGAUUCGAUUCGGAACACAAGGGACCUGGGAUCCGAGCAAGGGUGUGAAGUUUUCCUAA